UCGUGAUUGGACGAGCCGAGACAGUUUAUAUCUCAGCCCCGGAGAUCGCAGUCAGAAAGCGCUGAAGAGGAGAAGAGCGAGGAUGAGGAUCCCGGGGAGGACGAGCGCUGGGGCCCUGCUGCUCGGUGUGGCCCUAACCCUGGCCCUGGCCGAGAUAAAAUCCCCGACAGUGAACAUCUACACGGCGACCCCGGUGGAGUACGGGAAGAAGAACACGCUCAUCUGCCAUUGCAGAGGCUUCCACCCCCCUCGUAUCGACAUGCGCCUGAAGAAGGACGGGCAGGACAUGCCGGACUGCCAGGAGAGCGACCUGUCCUUCGAACAAGACUGGACGUACUACCGCAGCAAAUACACCGAGUUCACCCCCAAGGAGGGCGAGGUGUAUGAGUGCGAGGUGAAGCACGACGAGGGGAAGCCGCAGACCUACCGGCUCGAAACAUUCUGAUUCGCUUUGAAGAGCCGGGGAUGACGAGUCGCCUUCAGUCCUCCACAAUUGCGUCUUUAUUGCCGUUCCUUCUGCCGCAGAUCAGCCGCUGACCCCCUCCCCGGAUCCUCCCGCAGCACACAGCUAUCGAUGGGUUAAUGCCUGCGCUUGGGGCCUGAAGUGCGAUUCCCCUGACAAUUAUAAUGAUAAACUCUCUUUUUUAUAAUUUAUAGUAAGGCGGUGGUCAUGUGACCGCGUCUCCUGCCGGUGAUUGAUGUGUGACCUCUGCGCGCGUUCUUACCAAGAUCAGUACAUGGUCAUGUAGCAGAGCCGAGCGUGUCAUUCUGCAUAAGCCUUAGUAAGGCGUUACAUAGGACUGCAGGGAGUGUCCACGAUGUCCGUGGUGCACGGUGACUGAUCAGCUCUGCUACAUCUGUAUGCACCUCUGCUAUGUUACGUUUGUGCCCCCUCCUCUAUACAUUACUGCAUAUAAUCAGAGUGCACUCUUCAUCACACUGGGGGGGGGUCUUACUACCCAGAUUUCCUCCCCCCCCCCCCCCCCCCCCCCCUGUAUGUACCGGUGCAGAACCCAGAUUUUCCUGUGGGAAGAAGAGAGUUAACGACUCCGCUGUGUGCAGAUGUGGGUGCUACUCGAGAUAGGUGGGUGGUACCUAUGUGGGUGGGCGGUGCCUGUCUGGGAUAGGUGGGCGGUGCCUGUCUGGGAUAGGUGGGCGGUGCCUAUGUGGGUGGGCGGUGCCUUCUGGGGUGUUGGCGGUGCCUGUCUGAGAUAGGUGGGUGGUACCUAUGUGGGUGGGCGGUGCCUGUCUGGGAUAGGUGGGUGGUACCUUCUGUGGUGUUGGCGGUGCCUGUCUGAGUAGGUGGGUGGUACCUAUGUGGGUGGGCGGUGCCUGUCUGGGAUAGCUGGGCAGUGCCUAUGUGGGUGGGCGGUGCCUGUCUGGGAUAGGUGGGCAGUGCCUAUGUGCGUGGGCGGUGCCUGUUUGGGAUAGGUGGGCGGUGCCUAUGUGGGUGGGCGGAGCACGUUCUGUCUUCAGUACAUACAGUUUCAUUGUACUUUUAUUACCAAUAAAUCUCUCCUACACCCGA